AGUUGUUGUUGUUUGGGUGUGCUGCUGGUGGAGAUCAGUGGCAGCAGUUGGCGUCACCGUGGCAUCACAUCCCAGACAUACGCAAGCACCGGAGCGAUGAGGAUGAGCCAGGAGAAGAUGCGAGAGGAAGCUGGAGCUGGGGGAGAUGUGGGGAAAGGUGUCGUUGAUAGGGUUGCGCGCCUGCUGGGGGUGAAGGUGGUUGAGCCCUUGGUGAGACGACAGCCAAGCACCACCACUUGCCGUGCGGUGGCACUUCUCGUGAUUGGAGCGAUCUUUGUGCUUUUCGAGCAACAGUGUACUUUCGCUGUUGCCAACGCCUGGUCAUGGCUGCGCACGGCGUGGUGGUUCCAGCACGACUCGUUUGAACCAGUCCUUGCGACGGUGUCUUUCUUUCCAUGGCUAGCGCUCUUCUACAUUCUAGACAUGCAUACCCCUUCGGCAAAGGCAUUUCGCAUCCAGCAACACCGCAACGACAUGAGCAACUGGACGAACACCGGCAAGGGCUCGUUUUCAGGCUGGCCCAUCCUGCUUGGGUACCUGCUGCCGCUGCUGGUGUUUGACCAGCUGUAUCCACGACGACGACUCCCAUUGCAGGCGCCAACAGCGCCCCGCUUGGUGGGCGAGGUUGUGGGCCUCCUCAUUGUGUACGACGCGUUGUUCUUCUUCUGCCACCGCACCAUGCACAUGCACAAGCCCCUCUAUCGCCGCUUCCACGCCCUGCACCACGCAAAGCCAGGCCCCGUGCGGCACGACGCACACCAUCUUGAUGGCCGCCACUACUUUCAAAAGUUCUUCACGUACCUCGACAAUGCUUUCGGCCCCAUCUCCGAUAAGGAGCGCCGCUGCAACAACACGCGCCAGAAGUAG